AAUAGCCCAGGCCUGAGGCAGCCAGGCCGCAGCUGUGGACUCCUCGCCUCCCGGAGGCUCUGCUGGUGCAGGCCCCGCAUUGGAGGGCUCGAUUGGCUGCCCGGCUGGCACUGACGUCCCCUUGGAGCCGGGUGGCAGUGGAGAUAAACAGCCAUGUGCAACUCUCCACCCUAUAUUUAACAGCUGCAGCGGAGAAGGCAGGGAGGCAGCCACGGUGGCGGCUCUGGGGGCAGCUCUUGUCUUCGGGGAGAAGGCUCUUGGAGCCGGGCUGGCAUCGGCCUUCUCGGGGUGAGCGAGGUCACCAUGCCAGCUUCCCAGAGCCGGGCCCGUGCCCGGGACCGCAACAACGUCCUCAACCGGGCUGAGUUCCUGUCCCUGAACCAGCCCCCCAAGGGGGGCCCGGAGCCCCGCAGCUCGGGCAGAAAGGCCUCGGGCCCAUCGGCACAGCCCCCACCUGCUGGUGACGGGGCCCGAGAGCGACGCCAGUCACAGCAGCUGCCAGAGGAGGACUGCAUGCAGCUGAACCCCUCCUUCAAGGGCAUCGCCUUCAACUCCCUGCUGGCCAUCGAUAUCUGUAUGUCCAAGCGGCUGGGGGUGUGCGCUGGCCGGGCGGCGUCCUGGGCCAGUGCCCGCUCCAUGGUCAAGCUCAUCGGCAUCACGGGCCACGGCAUCCCCUGGAUUGGAGGCACCAUCCUCUGCCUGGUGAAGAGCAGCACACUGGCCGGCCAGGAGGUGCUCAUGAAUCUGCUCCUGGAUUAGCACCGCUCUGUGCCAGGUGCCACGUGGGGCCCAUGUGGAGGCAAGCCUUUCCCUCCACCCAGAGGUGAUGCCCAGCCCCUGUCCAGCCCACCGUUCGGGCACCACCAGGUCCCCAAGGUGCCCCAGGAACCUUCCACCCUCCACGCCAGGCCCGCAUCGAUUUCCUUGUCUUUCCCAAUGUGGCCAUCAUUUGGGGGACAUGUGAGGUGGAGGUCUCAGGCAAAGCAAACAUUAACAAGGGGUCUCGGUUCCAAAAGGGCAUUGGGUUGGACCACGGAGAACACGGGUUCCAGAGGAAGUUACAAUAAAAACAUGUAUCUCCCUGCUCUAGUCUCAGUCUGGAGGCUCUGUGCUCUGUGGGUGGGACUCGGGGAGGCGGAAACCAUCGGAUACUUCAUGCAGGAGAUGGCUGGGUCUGCCACCUUCAAGAUUUUCUUGUUUUUUUUUUUUUUUUUAGACAGAGUCUCACUCUGUCUCCCAGGCUGUAAGGCUGAAGUGCAGUGGCGCGAUCUUGGCUCACUACAACCUUCAGCUCACUACAACCUCUGCCUCCUGGGUUCAAGCAAUUCUCCUACCUCAGCCUCCCAAGUAGCUGGGAUUACAGGUGCCCGCCACCACACCCAGCUAAUUGUAUUUUUAGUAGAGAUGGGGUUUCACCAUGUUGGCCAGGCUGGUCUCAAACUCCUGACCUUAGGUGAUCCACCCACCUUGGCCUCCCAAAUUGCUGAGAUUACAGGCUUGAGCCACCGUGCCUGGCUGGUUUUCUUGUUCUUAUUACUAAAUUAUUUACAUUACAAUAACUUAUUAUUUACUCCUGAAUAAACAGCCUCACGAGGUUGGUGCCAUUAUCAUGCCCAUUUUACAGAUUAGGAAACUGAGGUUCCUAUAAAUAAAGCAACCUGGCCCAGCCUCAGGGCUUAAGAUUUGCACCGGCUCCAGCUGACACACAAGCAUCUGCUCUUCCAGGUGCUGGGCCACAGGCAUGGGAGGGAGGGACAGAGCAGAGGGGCCGAGGCACUAGGCCAGGCGCUUCCAGGGGCAGAACCUGCUCUCAUUAUCCACAGUUUCACACAGGGCCACGUGGCUCAAGAAGACUGUUGGGAUUUAGAAAGGUAGGUUGCCUGCUGUCAGAAGUUGGGGUGGGAAGGCAUACGCUCGAGUCUGUCUCUCAACCCUGCUCCCUUGACCCCAUCGCUUCCUUCCCUCCUUCUUUCCCCAUGUGACAAGGGAGGUGAUGAAGUUGUCAUUGGUUAAAUGCUUACCGUGUUCCAGGGCUUUGCAUAAGCCAUAUCAUUACUUCUGAUCUUCACCAUAACCCAUGGAGCUUGGUGGUGUUAUUAUUCCCCAUUUAAAGGGGGGAAACUGAGGCACGGGGUGAUGAUGGCUCUAAGGUUGUGCAGCUAGUCAGUGAUGGAGCCAGGAGCAGAACUGGGAGCAACUCUAGCUUUCCUUUGCAUUUUCAGAGGAGAGGGAGAGGGAACCAGCUCAGACUGUGUGAAGCUUCCAGCAGGGGGAGGAUCAGAGAAGAAAGGAGGUGCAUCUCAACUUACCCACAGUCAGUGGAUGCUCUAGUAGGGGGGUGAGCUCCCCGUGGUAGGAGGUAUGCAAGCAAGCUGCCUCUCAUCACCAAGUAAAACAGCUCUGCUUUGAUUUGUAUUUUUUUUACAGGAAUGUUUGCUUUUAAGAACAUUUCCCCUGCCCCAAACAUUGAAAAAUUUACAAUCUACUUGUUAAGAUAAGGCUUCAGGCUCAUUCCAGCAGCCAGCUGCCAUGGGCACAAAGCUGUUUGCCCCACAGGAUAAAGAUGAAGAUUUGAGAUGCCUUCCUCCUUGAACAGAAGUGAUAGACAUUUUAAAAAAUCUUUAAAAACAUAAUUUAUUGAGCUUUAUUAUGUACCAAAGACAAUGUCAUGAACGGCCUGUAUUUUAUGAUGUAAAAAAGCUGUUGAUGACCUUUCAAGGUAAAUAUUAAUAUGCCCGUUUUACAGAUAAGUAAACUGAGGCUCAGAAAGCUCAAACAACUUACCCACCACACAGCUAUAAGUGGUAGGUUCAGGAAGUAAAUCCAAGGCCCCGUGACUGCAAUCCCCCCAACUCCUUGCUGCUCACUGUGGGGCUGCAGGUCGGGCAUAUCACCCGUGUUCACUGCACUCCUGGAGCGUGUGUGCUUUGUGGAGGGGAAUGGUCUGGGAGGAGGUUGACUGUCUUCAUAUCCAGGUAUUGAGACCAUGGGGCCUGGCACAAGUCAGGCACUGAGCACAGGCCACAGAGCAGGCCGGGUGGGUCUGGGGACCCCGAGGUCAUUCCGCGGGGAUGCCAGACCAGCCCUCGGCUUGGUGGGAGAAAACAGCAGCAAAUGGCCAAGGCAGGCUCUAAUCCCACAGCUCUGGUCUGACCUGCCAGGAAGGAAGGUCCCACGGUCUCCUGCCCCGGGGAAAGUAGACCACCCGCUGAGCGCACGCUGCAGGUUCCAUCUGUCCUUUUGUCUUUGGAGGGCACCCUUCAACCCUGGAGCACAGGCUCUGGGGUCAGACUGGCUGUUGUCCAGGUCCAUGCUCUGACCCUUACUUGCUGUACGCACCUGAUCAAGUCAGUUCCUGUCUCUGAGCCUUAGUUUCCCUAUGUGGGGGCUGAGGGGGAGGUGGCAGGGGUGUGAAGGGAGCUGGCAAAGCAUUUGGCAUGGUGGGUGCCAUGCCACACAGUGACAUCACUGCAGUACUGAAGGGGGAGGGAGCCCUGCCUAGCCCUGCCCACCCGCUCUGGCCCCAUGGCACUGAGCCAACCCCCAGGGGCAGUCUCUGGGCUGGGAGCAAGACCUCUGAGCUUGAGGUUGGGACCUGGGUUCCACUUGGCUCUGAUGAGGCAGACUUGGGAGCUUGGGAAACGAGAGCUGCAGCUACAAGGCCUAGGAAGGGUCCCGCCGGGCCCGGGGAAGUUCUCUGCAUGCUCCCUGCUUGGCAAGCAGUCCCAUGCCCUCCCUGCUUGCCCCUCCCCUAGUGCACACUGUCAAGACUCUAAAAAGCUCAGAGCCAGAAGGGGUCUUAGCAGCAGGCAAAAGUUGGGGCUCCACAGGCAGCUGGACCUGGGUGCAAAUCCCAGCCCUGCUGUGGGAACUCAGGCAAGUGACUUUGCCUCUCUGAGCCUCAGUUUGUUCAUCUGUCAGAUGGGUUGUUGGGAAAACUCCCUGAUGAAUCACACGUGAAGUGCUUGGCACUUACUGAUGUUGGUUAACGCUUAAGUAGCAAUGAUUAUUAUCAUCAUUAUCACCUUCAUCAUUGUCAGAAGUCCAGGACCAGCCUCCUGCCAGGUAUCUUCCAAGCUCUAGAUGCCUUGAGACCACCUGUCCCCUUCCUUCUCCCUCCCGAGCAGCACCCAGCUUGAUGAUCCAAAGGGAGCCAGGUGACAGGUGACAGGCGACCAGGCCCAUCCCAGUUCACUAAGCCCAUCCUUGUUUCCUCAUGGGCCUGUCCUGUGGUGGGAAAUGCCUCUGGUCUUGUUCCUUGAUCUAUGUCCUUUAUGAAAGUAUCCUUUUGUUUGUUUGUUUGUUUGUUUUUGAGACAGAGUCUCUCUCUGUUGCCCAGGCUGGAGUGCAGUGAUAAGAUCUUGGCUCACUGCAACCUCCGCCUCCUGGGUUCAAGCAAUUCUCCAACAUGGUUUCGCUAUGUUGGCCAGGCUGGUCUCGAACUCUUGACCUCAGGUGAUCCACCCACCUCGGCCUCCCAAAGUGCUGGGAUUAUAGGCGUGAGGUGAUCCACCCACCUUGGCCUCCCAAAGUGCUGGGAUUACAGGCUUGAGCCACUGCGCUGGCCUAUAAAAUAUCUUUUUUUUUUCUUUGAGACGGAAUCUCGCUCUGUCCCCGGGCUCGAGUGCAGUGGCGGUAUCUUGGCUCACUGGCAUGAACCCGGGAGGUGGAGCUUGCAGUGAGCUGAGAUCUUGCCACUGCACUCCAGCCUGGGGAUAGAGUGAGACUCCAUCUAAAAAAAAAAAGUAUUUUUAUUGAGAUUUUCCUGAAUAUGAAAAUUACUUUUUUUUUUGAGACGGAGUCUCGCUGUGUCACCCAGGCUGGAGUGCAGUGCUGUGAUCUCGGCCCACAACAACCUCUGCCUCCCUGGUUCAAGUGAUUCUCCUGCCUCAGCCUCCCAAGUAGCUGGGAUUACAGGUGCCCACCACCAUGCCUGGCUAAUUUUUGUAUUUUUAGUAGAGAUGGGGUUUCACCAUGUUGGCCAGGCUGGUCUUGAACUGCUGACCUCAUGAUCAGCAGUUCAAUCCCAAAGUGCUGGGAUUACAGGAGUGAGCCACCAUGCCUGGCUAUGAAAACUACAUUUUUAUGUCUUUUUUUUUGUGAUAAGCUAUACAUCACAUAAAAUUGAUCACUGUAAUCAUUUGAAGUGUACAGUUCAGUGGCAUUGAGUCCAUUCACACUGUUGUGCAGCCAUCACCACCAUCCAUCUCCAGAACUCUUUUCAUUUUUCAUCUUAAAAAACAGAAGCUCUGGCCGGGCGCGGUGGCUCACGCCUAUAAUCCCAGCACUUUGGGAGGCCGAGGCGGGCGGAUCACGAGGUCAGGGGAUCGAGACCAUCCUGGCUAAUACAGUGAAACCCCGUCUCUACUAAAAAUACAAAAAAAUUAGCCGGGUGAGGUGGCGGGCGCCUGUAGUCCCAGCUACUCGGGAAGCUGAGGCAGGAGAAUGGCGUGAACCCCGGGGGGCGGAGCAUGUAGUGAGCCGAGAUCGCACCAUUGCACUCCAGCCUGGGCAACAGUGAGACUCUGUCUCAAAAAAAAAAAAAAAAAAAAAAAAAACAGAAGCUCUGUCCCCAUUAAGCACUGACUCCCCACUCCCCUUCCCCCAGCCCCUGGCAACCUCCAUUCUACACUCUGUCUCUGGGGAUUUGACUGUUCUAGGGACCACAUGUAAGUGGAAUCAUACUGUAUUUGUCUUUUGUGACUGGCUGAUUUCAUUGAGCACGAUAUCCUCGAGGUCCAUCCAUGCUGUAGCGGGUGCCAGCAUUUCCUUCCUCUCUAAGGCUGAAUAAUGCCCAGUUCCAGGUUGGACCACAUUUCGUGUAUUCGUUCGUCCACCCGUGGACACUUCGGUUGCUUCCACCUUUUAGCUGUUCUGAGUAAUGCUGCCGUGCGCACAGGUGUAUAUGUAUCUUCUUGAGCCCCUGCUUUCAGUUAUUUUGGUUGUAUACUCAGAAUGGAGUUGCUGGAUCACAGGGUAAUUUUAUGUUGACUUGUUUGAGGACCGGUCCUACUAUUGCCCACAGCGGCUGCGUGAUUUUACAUUCCCCCAGCAAUGCCCAAGGGCUCUGAUAUGUCCACGUCUUCGCCAACCCUCAUUAUCUGGUUUUUCGAUCAGAGCCAUCCUAAUGGGUAUGAAGUGGUAUCUCUUGUGGUUUUGGGUAUUUUUUAUUUGUUUUUGUUUUUUAUUUUGUUUUGGGAUUUUUUGUUUGUUUUUUUUGAGACAGAGUCUCGCUCUGUCACCAGGUUGGAGUAAAGUGGCGCGAUCUCGGUUCACUGCAACCUCCGCCUCCCAGGUUCAAGCAAUUCUCCUGCCUCUGCCUCCCAAGUAGCUGGGACUACAGGUGCCUGCCACCAUGCCUGGCUAAUUUUUCAUAGAGAUGAGCUUUCACCCUGUUGGCCAGGCUGGUCUCAAUCUCUUGACCUCAAGUGAUCCUCCUGCCUUGGCCUCCCAAAGUGCUGGGAUUACAGGCGAGAGCCACAGUGCCCAGCCUACACAUUCUUGUAGUAAGAAAAAAUGCAAUGAUUACAAGGCUAGAUCAAGAAGAAAGUGAGCCUCUCCCUUAAACUCUCUCCCAGGAAGAGCCUCUGCCGCAGUGUGGGUCAUGUGCCCCUGGAUUUUUCCCUGUGCGUAUGCUAACAUGUAAUGUGUUUCUCAGGUUGUGUUUUGCCUAGUUUGGUCUCACUCUCACAGCUGUGGCCCUCCCACUUGGAAUCCUGGUCUGGACCCUCCAUGUCCCUCGCGCCAGCAUGAGGGGUUCAGAUGCUCCAGAUAAUCUAUUCUGGCAGCUCUCCCAUCCCCUGCCUCUGGUUCUUGCUCUCAGGGACAAUUUAGGUGACAGCCUCUCCACGAGGCUUGUCUAGCCUGUUCCUAACUGAGGGAUAUUUAGGCUGAUCCCAAAUCUCCACUCAGUACCCUCCUGUGGGAAACCGCACAUGCUACCUCCUCAGAAGUAGAGGGGCUCCCUCCCCAGCCUCCUUUCUCGGCAGCUCAGUGGGCCUCAGUGCAACAGUCAGUCCCUCAGGGGGGGCCUUUGGCCACCCCCAGGCCAGGUCAGAGCGCCUUAAUACACUGCCCUGGCAGCUGUCCACACAGUGGAUGCAAGAGAAAUGCAAUAGUUUGUGGUGCCAGUAGGCAGGGUCUGGAUCAGCAUUGCCCACCAGCACAGCUAGUGAUUUCAUGUCCCUGGGACCUGCUCCUAGCAGGGCCUGGCGCUCAGCAGAGUGAGUAACCAGCGCCAUCAGUCUUUCUAUUGAUGAUCCUGAGUGCUUUGCACACUGCUGGUCUUCAAAGACAGGGAGAGCUGGCUUUAGCAGGUGGAGUCUUUUUUUUUUUUUUUCUAAGAGAGUCUCGCUCUGUCACCCAGGCUGGAGGGCAGUGGCACGACCUCAGCUCACUGCAACCUCUGCCUCCCAGGUUCAAGUGAUUCUGCCGCCUCAGCCUCCUGAGUAGCUGGGAUUACAGGUUCCUGCCACCACGCCUGGCUAAUUUUUGUAUUUUUAGUAGAGACGGGGUUUCACCAUGUUGGCCAGGCUGGUCUCGAACUCCUGAGCUCAAGCUAUCCACCUGCCACCACAUCCCAAAGUGCUGGGAUUACAGGCGUAAGCCACUGUGCCUAACCUUUAAAAAUAACUUUUUAAAAAUGUGCACAAAUAAUGCGUGCUUGUGGCAAGAAAGAUUUUAAAGUGCAGAAUCACAAAAAGACAGUAAAAAUCACCCCUAAUCCUCUUGCCCAGCAAGAAGCAUUGUUAGCAUUUAGAGCAGUACCUUCUAGAUUUUUUUCUCUGCAUAUAAGCACAUUUGCUUACAUACAUGUCUUAUUUUAUGAAGAUGGCAUCCUACUGGAAAUCCUAUUUUAUAAGUGGCCUUUUCCACUUAACAUACCCCAUGGCUCUCCGAUAUAGUGAGGCUAUAAAUAUACAUGGGCCUUAUCAUCUGCAGUGGCCACAGCACGCUCUGGUGUCUAGAUUAGGCCACGGUUUGUCCCGUCUGUCUCUUGAAGGGCGCUGGGUCAUUUCACGUUUUUCGGUGUUAUAAACAAUGCUGCAGUGAACAUCCCCAGCCAUGAAUCACGGCCCACAUCCCUAACGAUUUCCCAAGGAGGUAUUCCUGCAAAGGGAAGAGCUGAGUCCAAGGGAGACACACGGAGGAGAGUUCUGAUUCCGAAGCCAAAUGCCCUUCAGGAAGUUCAGACCGAUUUACACACCCCCUGGGCAGUAUAUGGCUGGCUCCCAACCUUCCAGAAGCCAGAAUCGGGGAUGAGAAGCAGGAUUGACUUCCCAGUCCAGGAGCACUGGGACCCCUCCUCCCAACCCAGCCGGAGAGAGACAUCUGCCCACAAACCCAGCCCUUCACAGCCUGCAGGGCAUCCCGGAAGCCCCGUCCUUGCUCCUUGCUUUAGAACAGCUGAGCCCACAGCCUCCACCUCCCACACCUACCCUACUGGCCCCAACUCCCCAGAGACCCUGCCCUGCUCUGAACUGGUCCCACAGAGUGUGUCUUCAGGGGGAAAGCAGCCCAGAGCCACAGAGGGCCACACUAGGUCACCCCAGCUGCCCCUCUUCCCGCAGUGCACAUAGCUGCUGGCAGACAAGUGAUGUUCUGAUUUUCAGAGGCCUCAGGAGGAGAUGAUUCCAAAUCUUCCAGGAUGGCAGCAGCUCUUUUCCAAGAAAGCCCUGGCUCCUGCGUGGCCUCUGGGAGCCUCUAGCACUCUGGUUCCCUGGCCACCACCAACCCCGAGAGACCUGGGCUAGGGGAGAAGGGUGGGCCUCGAGGUGGGUUCUUGUUGCCCUCUGAGGGCCGGGAAGCCUCUAGGACAGCAGGGCCCCGGGGACAGCUGUGCUUCCUGCAGGGGGGGUUCAGACAUUCAGGCCCCAACCCUGUGAAAAGAGCUGAGAGUGGAGCUGGUUGGGACGGAAGAGUGUGAGGGGUGGUGGAGCCAAGCCCUGGUGUCCUCUGACAUGGUCCCGGGAGUCCAUUACUGAGUGUCUGCUGCACACAAGAGCAGGCCCCUUGUCAUCCCAGCGUUUCCAUGGCAGGGAGCUCUGGGGGAUAGACACACCGAGGUUGUGCCGUCCACAAGUGGCCAACCUCGAAGCCGGUCUCUUUCUGGAGCCUGAGUGCACAGCCACCGCCCUGGGUGAUCCUAGCGAGUGGAGGCCAGUGGGGGCUGAGUGACCUCCCUGAAACGUGCGCAUAGCAGGUCCAGGGCAGUGCAGCUCCCACCGGCUCCCCGGCUCUUGCCCCUGAGCCUCCUGCUGGGUGGACCUUUCCCCUCACAGGGGUCUCCUUGCCCUCCUUGAGUCAAGAAGGGAAUGUAGGUCACUCGACUGGACAGGGCCAUGUGGGCGGAAUCAGCCUUGAGUGAUGGCGCCAUUUGCUUCUAUUUCUGGGCACCAGAUGAUGCUCUCACAGUGUCAGAAUCAGAGUCACACCGAGGCCUGGCUGCGCUGGAGGAGGGAGAGAGGCCCUGCAAGGGCAGCAGGAGAGGGCAGAGUGGGGUGGGAGGCCCAGGGGAGGCUACGGCUCUGUUGGAGAGCUGCCCUGUGGUCUGAGGGUGGCAGGCAGGCCACUGCCUCUUCCAUUCACAACGCUCCUGGUCAGACGCCUGCAGCAUGGUGAGGGCGAAAAGCCACGCACCCCGUCACACCUGUGAUAGAGUAACGCUCUGUGUCACUAUGUGCUUACUGCCCACCGUCCCGGUUGGCCAUAGGGGACACUGCCAGCCUGGUUCACAGUGCCAGGCCUGACACAUGCCUGAAAUACCCAAGAACCGGCGGUGCCCAAGAAAGGGUGGAAAAGUGAGUGAACCAGGCACAGGCUGGGUGGGUCAACCCGGCUGGACAGCCAGGCUGGGCCCUACGGUCCCCACAGGGCCCAGGGCAGAAAAGGGGCAGAGCCUCCCCCUCAUUAUGGCCUGAAGAGAGGGAACCAGCCCAAAAUAGCCACAGCUUCCCAAAGGCCCAGCUGUGGGGCGUCUUAGUCCAUUUUGUGCUGCUGUAACAGAAUACCACACACUGAUUUAUAAAGAAUAGAAGUGUAUUUGGCUCAUGGUUCGGGAGGCUGGGAAGUCCAAGGCUGAGGGGCUGCAUCUGGUGAGGGCCUCCUUGCUCCCUGUUGCCUUCUGCAUCACGUGCAAGGGAGCACAUGCCUGAGAGGGCGGGAGGUGACCACACUCACCCUUUUGUCAGGAACCACCCCCGAUACCUGCAUUAAUCCAUUCAUGAGGGGAGAGCCCUCAUGGCCUAUUGCCUUUUUAUUUUAUUUUAUUUUAUUUUAUUUUAUUUUAUUUUAUUUUAUUUUGAGAUAGAAUUUAACUCUUGUUGCCCAGGCUGGAGUGUAAUGGCACGAUCUCAGCUCACUGCAACCUCUGCCUCCUGGGUUCAAGCGAUUCUCCUGCCUCAGCCUCCUUAGUAGCUGGGAUUCCAGGCACCUGCCACCACGCCUGGCUAAUUUUAUACUUUUAGUAGAGACAGGGUUUCUCCAUGUUGGUCAGGCUGAUCUCAAACUCCCAACCUCAGGUGAUCCUCCCACCUUGACCUCCCAAAGUGCUGGGAUUACAGGCAUGAGCCACCAUGCCCGGCCUCACCUUUUUUUUUUUUUUUUUUUUUGAGACAGAGUCUGGCUCUGUUACCCAGGCUGGAAUGCAGUGGCAAGAUCUCGACUCACUGGAACCUCCACCUCCUGGUUCAAGCGAUUCUCCUGCCUCAGCCUCCCAAGUAGCUGGGAUUACAGGCACUUGCCACCACGCCCAGCUAAUUUUAAAAAUAUUUUUAGUAGAAAUGGGUUUCACCAUUUGGCCAGGCUGGUCUCAAACUCCUGACCUCAAGUGAUCCAUGCGCCUUGGCCUCCCAAAGUGCUAGGAUUACAGGUGUGAGCCACCACAGCCACUCUGAUCACCUCUUAAAGGUUCCACCUCUCAAAAUUGUUGCAUUGGGGAUUCAGUUUCCAACACAUGAACUUCAGGGGACUCAUUCAAGCCGUAGAUGGAGUUUCUAGAUCGUGAGACAUGGGCACCCACAGAGGCCUAUCUGUCAGCCAGGGGAGCUCCAGAUGACCCCCACAACAUACCAGCUUCAGCCACAUCUGUUUCAGACACUGAGUCUGUAUGCUUUCACUGGGAAAAACAAUGUUUUGCUGCUAGAAAUUUGAAAGGAGCCAGGCACAGUGGCUCACACCUGUAAUCUCAGCACUUUAGGAGGCUGAGGCGGGAGGAUCACUUGAGCUCAGGAGUUCAAGACCAGCUUGGGCAAAAAACUGAGACACUGUCUCUACAAAAAGUCAAAAAAUUAGCCAGUUGUGGCCUGUGCCUGUGGUCCCAGCUACAUGGGAGGCUGAGGCAGGAGGAUCAUUUGAGCCCAAAAGUUCAAGGCUGCAAUGAACCAUGUUUGUACCAUGUUUGUACCACUGCACUCCAGCCUGGGCAACAGAGGGAGACACUGUCUCAAAAAAGAAAAAAGAAAAAAAGGGAAGGUGUGGGUCUAGCUUAGUUCUUGGCCUAUGGAUCCUGACAGCCCAUGCAGAGAGCUGGGGCAUGUGGGGAGGUCGAGGCACCCAGCCCUCCUUGCCUUUGGCCACCCCAUCAGAGUGAGGUACUGGGCCCAGUGUACCCCCCGGGUGACUUAGUAAAGUCACCCUUUCCUCCCCCCUUUUUCCUUGACCACAGCAGCUGUCCAUUAGGGCCCCUGUGCUCGAAAGGCAGAUUUUAUUUAUUUAUUUAUUUAUUUUGAGACAGAGUCCCGCUCUGUCACCCAGGUUGGAAUGCAGUGGUGCCAUCUCAGCUCACUGCAACCUCCAUCUCCCAGAUUCAAGCAAUUGUCCUGCCUCAGCCUCCCGAGUAGCUGGGACUACAGGUGCCUGCCACCACAUCCGGCUAAUUUUUGUUUUUUUAGUAGAGAUGGGUUUUCUCCAUGUUGGCCAGGCUGGUCUCGAACUCCUGACCUCAGGUGAUCCACCCACCGUGGCCUCCCAGAGUGCUAGGAUUACAGGCGUGAGCCACUGCACUGGCCUCCAAAGGCAGAUUUUGAACCUAUCAGCUGCUGAGCCCUGGUUUCCAACCUAAAGACCUGGUCACCAGUAGGACAGAUGGCCCAUGCCUUCCAGUGGCUGGUGUCAUAGUUCAGCCUACCAUGGAGCCCAGUCCUGGUCUGCAUGAACCACCCCCUACCCCAGAUUCUGGCAGCUCUUCGGGCACCUAGACCCUGGCACCAGCCACCACCACCAGGGAAGCCCUGGCCUUGCCCGGCCUGGCCUCUCUUACUUGCCUUGAGGUGGUAGAGGUCUUGGAACCUGGGCCCUGGUGGGACCUUAGGAAAAAAAAGCCUUCACUGAUGCUCCUGCACGGUGCCCCAGCCUGCAGGACCAGAGCCUCCCACGGCUUCCCGGGCCAGGCAGGGCCAGGACUUACAGGCAGUGUAAUGGCAGCAGUAUGCUGUCAACCGCCACACUCCUCCCCAAUUCAUUGGCUCAUUUCCUCCUGGGACCACCCUUGCUAUGGAUGAGUAGACCAAGGCCCUGAGAGGGGAAGGAACUUGUUCUUUUUUUUUGAGACGGAGUCUCGCCCUGUCGCCCAGGCUGGAGUGCAGUAGCGCAAUCUUAGCUCACUGCAACCUCUGCCUCCCAAGUUCAAGUGCUUCUCCUGCCUCAGCCUCCCAAGUAGCUGGGACUACAGGCGCCCGCCACCAUGCCCAGCUAAUUUUUUUGUAUUUUUACUAGAGACGGGGUUUCACCAUGUUGGCCAGGAUGGUCUCGAACUCCUGACCUCAGGCAAUGCGUCCACCUCGGCCUCCCAAAGUGCUGGGAUUAUAGGCGUGAGCCACUGCGCCCAGCCAGAACUUGUUCUUAAUUAGCAGUGUUGACCCCUAGGCCAGAAGCACCAGGACCCCUCCUCACAGCCCCAGCCAGCGAGACUUGAACCCCACCUGUGACUACAGAGCCUUCAGAUUGAACCCCCUCCCCAUGAACUGCCUUCCCUCCCGAGGUGGAGAGAGCCUGUCUCCAGGCCAUUUUUGGGGAAGUGGAGGGGGCUUGCAGAUGACAGGGGCUCCAGCUGGGCUGGAAAGGACCAGCUGGCCCUCUAAGCUGGCUUCCUUAGCUGCUCCAUGGGGCUGAGGCAUGCCAAGGUCAGCACAGCUACCUCCCUCUCCCACCUGCCCUGGGGACCUGGCAGUCCCCAGUCCCUCUCUCCUGCUGGAACUGUGACCUCCCACAGGCUUCAGAUGGCACCAAACCCGGGUAUGGUCAGCACACGAGCUGGCCAGCCAUACGCCUCCCCAGCCACCUCCUGGGAAGACCCAGCCCAGGGGAACAGCUGCCGUGAAAUUGGCAGGCAAGGGUAGAGUAAGAUUUUCUCGAGGGCUUCAGGCCCCGCCCUCCUUGGGCCAGCCAGCAUCUCUGUGCACCUGCUCAGCCCCCUCUUGUGCUGGCCAGGCACUUCCAGGGUACGAGGCUCUCAGCCAGCCCUGUGGCUAAUGAGAGGGGCCAGGAGAGGCCACGGUUCAAACCCCAAACAGAGAGACCAGACUACAAGCAGCAACCCUGAAGUGGGCAGGAAAAGGGGAAGCCCUGAAGUUCUAGUCCUCCAGGGAGGACUGCGUGAUCUGGAACAGUCUAACUGCCUGGCAUGGACAGUUAGGUGCACCACAGUGCCUCACACCCUGCAGCAAGGGGAUCGGGGGUAUGUGAUGGUGCAAGACUUUCAAAAGCAGGCAGCAAAACAACAUAUGUAAACCAUGUUACAAGCUUUAUUAAAUCUAUGCUCCAAAGGCCAGGUGCAGUGGCUCACACCUGUAAUCCCAGCACUUUGGGAGGCCGAGGUGGGCGGAUCACCUGAGGUUGGGAGUUCAAGACCAGCCUGACCAACAUGGAGAAACUCCAUCUCUACUAAAAAUAGAAAAAUUAGCCGGGCGUGGUAGCACACACUUGUAAUCCCAGCUACUCAGGAGGCUGAGGCAGGAGAAUCGCUUGAACCCGGGAAGCGGAGGUUGUGGUGAGCCGAGAUCACACCACUGCACUCCAACCUGGGCAACGAGAGCGAAACUCUGUCUUAAAAAAAAAAAAAAAAGAUAUGCGCUGUAGAUGGAUGGAAGGGUCUGGAAUAAUGGCUACCUCUGAGGGUCAGGAUUACAGGUGAUUUAAACUCUAACUUUUGUUUUCUGUUUUGUAAAUGUUCUGCAGUGAAUAGCAUCUUCUGUGUCUUUUUUUUUUUUAAUUUUUUUCCAUUUCUGCCAAGAGCUGACCAUUCUGAUAAACACUGAAAAGUUUUCUAGGAAAGCUCCCAGCAUCCAGCUGCACUGAAUUGUCAUUGAGUCAUAACCCCCCACCUUUAUCCAGCCCUCCUGGUGGGCCAGGCGUUUUGGAGAACCAACUCAAUUGUUUGCUGAGACUUCCCUGCUUUAGCACUGAAUGUCUUGUGUCCUAGGAAACCCCUCUGUCCCAGCGAAACCUUGUCACCCUGCAGUCAGCCUGCAGGCAUGGUGCCAGGCCCCCUCUGGGAGGUGGGUGUCCCUGAGCUUCAUCUCACAGGUGAGGAAAGUUAGGUGGUUUGCCUAAGGUCACAAAGCUGGGAGGCUCCAGGGCUGGAAUUCACAGCCGGGUCUCUGGCUGUGAUGUCUGUGAGCUUUGCCACCACACUACACUGUGGGUGUUGUCUUCACUGUCCCGGAAGCAGGGCUUGCAGGGGCUGUGACCUCACUGGGGUCCCCAAGUUCACCUGAGGUGGGGAAGCACAGGGGGCAGGGGGCACGGGCUCCCUGCUGAUUCUGCACCUGCCCUGGGGGUGCUGUCUGGCCUGCCAAUGCCACCCCCACCCCCAGGUCAGAGGGUGUGAGCUCCAAGGGCCUUUCUAAGGGUGGGGAGGGUUGACCCGGAACCCCCACAUUGGCUGUCUGGGUGCCACUCCGAUCAGCUGGGUGAAACUGGGGUCCUAGCAUGGUGCCUUCCUCUCAUAGCACAGAAAGGCAGAGCAGCCCCCCAAGGCCAUGCAGCAGGGUGUGGCAGAGACACGAUGGAGAUCCAGGUCUCCCCUGUAUUUCCAAAAUAGGGAAAGAAAGGCCAGGUGCAGUGGCUCACGCCUGGAAUCCCAGCACUUUUUGGGAGGCGGAGGUGGGCAGAUCCUUUGAGGUCAGGAGUUCGAGACCAGCCUGGCCAACAUGGUGAAACCCCGUCUCUACUAAAAAUACAAAAAAUAGCCGGGCGUGUUGGCAGGUACCUGUUGUCCUGGCUACUCGGGAGGCUGAGGCAGGAGAAUCACUUGAACCCGGGAGGCGGAGAUUGCAGUGAGCCAAGAUCAUGCUGCAACACUCCAGCCUGGGUGACAGAGUGAGACUCUGUCUCAAAAAAAUAAAGAAAAAGAAAAGGAAGGAAAGAGCCCACCUCGCUGGUUAUGAGCCUCAGGCCAGUAACUCAACUACAUUUGGAGACUGUGGCUCUGUUUCUAGCCCCGGGGGAAGAAACCUAUGAUCAAACAGGCACGGCCCCUGCCUCCACGAAGUGAUGACUUCAUGCCGCAGGCAGCGAACCCUCACCUCCCAGCAGAUGCCUCAGUGACUGCGGGGGAAAAGCCACCAAACAGAAGGCCAGGUGUUGAGACUGAACCAUUCAGGGCCUGAGCUGUCUGGAAGGCUGGGGCAGGUCCCUGAGGUGGUGGGUUGGGAAAGAGUGGAACAUUCGAGAAAGCAAGAGCAUCAGGUAUGAGUGCUCUGAGCUCCAGGGGUUCAUCUUGUCCUCUGUAAAGUGGGGAUGACACAGUGCAGUUGCUGGGGAAAACAGUGGGGUUCCUCAAAGAGUCACACACAGAGUUACUGUCAUUACCAACCAGCGACUCCACUCCUAGGGAUCUACCAAAAGAACUGAAAACAGGCACUCAGCAAACACUUGCACACACGUGCAUAGCAGCGUGAGUCACAGCAGCCGAAGGGCUCAAACAACUCGAUAGCCAUCAAUAAAUGAAUGGAUAAACAAAUUGUGGCCGGGCACGGUGGUUCACGCCUGGAAUCCCAGCACUUUGGGAGGCUGAGGUAGGAAGAUAGCUUGAAGCCAGGAGUUUGAGACCAUCUUGGGCGGCAAAGUGGGAUGCCUAUUUGUAAAAAAAAAAAAAAAAAAUUUUUUUAAAUUAGCUGGGCCUGGUGGCACACUUGUAGUCUCGGUGGCUCAGGAGACUGAGGGAGGAGGAUCUCUUGAGCCCAGGAAUUCAAAGUUACAGUGAGUUCUGAUUGCACCACUACACUCCAGCCUGGGCAACAGAAAGAGACACCAUCUCUGUCUGUCUGUCUCUCUCUCUUUUUAAGACAGGGUCUCACUCUGUCACCUUAGCCUCCCGCGUAGCUGGGAUGAGAGCGUGCACCACCACACUCAGCUAAUUUUUGUAUUUUUUUGUAGAGAUGGGGUUUUGCCAUGUUGCCCAUGCUGGUCUCAAACUCCUGGGCUUAAGCAAUCCUCCCACCUCAGCCUUCUGAGUAGCUGGAACUACAGGGGUGUGCCAUCACACAUGUC